AUGCCUAAGAAUAAAGGUAUAGGAGGUAAAAAUAGAUAUAGAGGUAAGAAUGAAAAUGAAUCUGAAAAGAGAGAGCUGGUGUUCAAAGAGGAUGGACAAGAGUAUUCUCAGGUAAUCAAAAUGUCAGGAAAUGGACAAUUAGAAGCAAUGUGUUUUGAUGGUGUAAAGAGUUUAUGUCACAUCAGAGGGAAAUUGAGAAAAAAGUUUUGGAUAAAUACCUCAGACAUUAUAUUGGUUGGUCUACAUGAAUAUCAGGAUAAUAAAGCUGAUCUAAUUUUAAAAUACAAUGCAGAUGAAGCUGGAAGUCUGAAGGUAUAUGGUGAGCUUCCAGAGCAUGCUAAAAUCAAUGAAACAGAUACUUUUGGUCCUGGUGAUGAUGAUGAAAUCCAGUUUGAUGACAUUGGAGAUAAUGUAGAAGAAAUAAGGAGUCGCUGUAACCCUGUGUGCCCAGUGGGCGGCAGGAAAUCCCAAGUUAACAAAAUCAUUUCCAUUGCAUUAGGGAAUUCCCUGUUCUCGGAGCCAACAUACUCUGGCUCUGUCAUUGAGUGUGAUCCACAAGGAACCGUAAAGGAUCACCCCGAGUACCCCUCUGACCUGCUGCUGGACAUGGCAGAGAUUUACCACAGGCGUGGCCGCUGA